UAGUGAGAAUAGAGGCAUGCGCAGAGGGGUGGUUGGGUGAAUGUAGAGCAGAGCGCGCGAGUGAGUGUGCGCACGGAUGUCACACUCCGCUUUGCGCAUUUCACACUGUUUGAGUGCAGGCUGAGAACGGACGCUUGAUAAACAGCGGAGAAUAAAUGCAUGCACAGACAUCAGUGCACUAGAAUAUCAUUCGCUAAGACACUAGCAGAGUGUUGUUCGUAAACAUCACGCGGGGGGAACUGUAUGUGGACAUUAUUUCACGGCGCGUGCUGCUGGAAUCGCAACUGAACAACUCUGGUCAACUCUGAGCGUCACGUUCGAAAGGGCGAGGGGUGAAACAGCUUGCUAUCCCAGUCCCCGAUAGAACGAUUGAACAAAAAAAAAAAAUAGUUUUCUGAAGGCAGAAUUGCAUAGCGCUUGUUAGUAACGUUAGUUUGUUUUGCGCGUGCUGCUGCUGCAGCAGCAGGCAUCUCGCACACCGUUAGAUCAACAUCUCUACGGCCUCGGAAGUUAAUUUGUUUUUCUCUUUUUAAUGUUUUUGAUCGCGUGAACACACAAUUCUAUCUAUUCCCUGGACGUACCCACGCUUUAGGAUGCCAGAUCAAAUAUCGGUGUCGGAGUUUCUGUCGGAAACAACAGAGGAUUACAACUCUCCCACUACAUCCAGCUUCAUCACCCGCCUGCAGAGCUGCAGGAAUACAGUCAGUGUGUUAGAGGAGGCUUUGGAUCAGGACAGAACUUCAUUGCAGAAGGUCAAGAAGUCAGUGAAAGCCAUUUAUAACUCCGGCCAAGAUCAUAUUCAAAAUGAGGAGACGUACGCCCAGGCUUUGGAUAAGUUUGGCAGUAACUUCAUUAGUUGGGAUAAUCCAGAUCUGGGCACGGCCUUCGUUAAGUUCUCCACUCUGACCAAAGAGCUCUCCGCCCUCCUCAAGAACAUGCUCCAGAGUCUGAGCCAUAAUGUGAUCUUCACACUGGACUCACUGUUGAAAGGCGACCUGAAAGGCGUGAAGGGGGACCUGAAAAAACCCUUUGACAAGGCCUGGAAGGACUACGAAACCAAGUUUACAAAGAUCGAGAAGGAAAAACGUGAGCAUGCCAAGCAGCACGGGAUGAUUCGAACAGAGAUCACUGGUGCUGAGAUCGCUGAGGAGAUGGAGAAAGAACGGAGGCUCUUCCAACUACAGAUGUGUGAGUACCUGAUCAAAGUGAAUGAAAUAAAGACAAAAAAAGGGGUUGACCUCCUUCAGAACUUGAUCAAGUAUUACCAUGCGCAGUGCAACUUUUUUCAAGAUGGAUUGAAGACGGCAGAUAAGCUUAAGCAGUAUAUCGAGAAAUUAGCAGCUGAUCUUUACAAUAUAAAACAAACACAAGAUGAAGAGAAAAAGCAGCUCACUGCAUUAAGGGAUCUCAUUAAAUCCUAUCUACAGCUGGACCAAAAGGAGUCUAGAAGAGACUCUCAGAGUAAACAGGGUGGCUAUAGUAUGCACCAGCUGCAGGGAAACAAAGAGUUUGGCAGUGAGAAGAAAGGCUAUCUGUUGAAGAAAAGUGAUGGGUUGAGGAAGGUGUGGCAGAGGAGGAAGUGUUCAGUUAAAGGAGGAAUUCUCACCAUCUCUCAUGCCACUUCAAACAGGCAGCCUGUCAAACUCAACCUGCUCACAUGUCAGGUCAAGCCCAGCACUGAGGACAGGAAGUGCUUCGAUCUCAUUUCCCAUAACCGUACAUAUCAUUUCCAGGCUGAAGAUGAGCAGGAAUUUAUGAUAUGGAUCUCAGUGUUAACUAACAGUAAGGAGGAAGCACUUAACAUGGCCUUCAGAGGAGAGCAGGGUGGAGGAGAUGAUGGGCUGGAAGAUCUCACUAAAGCCAUAAUAGAUGAUGUGCUGCGCAUGCCCGGAAAUGAAGUGUGCUGUGAUUGUGGGGCUCCAGAUCCCAAAUGGUUGUCAACUAACCUCGGAAUCCUGACAUGCAUCGAAUGUUCAGGUCAGUCAGGAAUUCACCUGGGGAGGAAUGGGCUGGAAACCUCUGAACUGUUGCUGGCCAAGAAUGUGGGAAACAGUAGUUUUAAUGAAAUAAUGGAGGCAAAUCUUCCUUGCCCCUCUCCCAAGCCCACUCCUGCUAGUGACAUGACUGUUCGUAAGGAGUUUAUCAAUGCUAAGUAUGUAGAUCAUAAGUUUGCAAGAAAAAGCUGCAGCUCAGCAGCAGCCAAGAUGAGUGAACUGUUUGAAGCCAUCAGGUCACAUGACCUGCUAGCUCUCAUCCAGGUGUAUGCUGAGGGAGUAGAGCUUAUGGAACCACUACCUGAAGGAGGACAGGAAGGAGGAGAGACUGCAUUGCACUAUGCUGUGAGGACAGGUGACCACACCUCACUGCACCUGGUUGACUUCCUCGUCCAGAACAGUGGGAAUCUGGAUAAACAGACGGAGAGGGGAAACACGGCCCUGCACUACUGUUGCCAGUAUGAGAAACAAGAAUGCCUCAAACUACUGCUGAGAGGCAAACCAGCUACUGAUAUCACCAAUCAGAAUGGAGAAACAGCUCUGGAUGUGGCCAGGCGGUUGAAGAUCAUUCAGUGUGAGGAAGCGCUGGUACAAGCCACUGCAGGAAAAUUUAAUCUUAAAGUCCAUGUGGAAUAUGAAUGGAAUCUCAGGCUAGAGGAGCUUGAUGAGAGUGACGAUGAUCUGGAUGACAAACCCAGUCCCAUUAAAAAGGUUCGUUCUCCCCGGCCCCAGAGUUUCUGUCACUCAUACAGUCUGUCUCCUCAUGACAAGCUCCCUCUGCCUGGUUUCACUGGCCAGCGUGAUAAGCAGCGCCUUUCAUACACUGCACUCUCCAAUCAGAUGUACAGCGUUUCUACUGACUGCACGUCCUCUCUGGUCUCAGAUGCUCCACCUCUGCCCCCUAGGAAUGCAGGCAAAGGAAGUGAUUCAACGCCACCUCCUGUCAACAAGAUGUACCCUCAAAACAGAUUUGAGGGUAUCCCACAACAGCAAAGUCUCAACACCACAAAGUCCACACUUGGUCCACGGGUCCUUCCCAAACUACCUCAAAAGGUUUCCCUGCGUAAGAUAGAUACCAUCCAUCAUCCAUCUAUGGACAAAACCAACCAGCCUCCUGAGCCUGUCCUGUUCCAGAAGGUUCUGCAGAGUUCAGACACCCCACCGAAAGUUCCGUUAGCCGAUAGGCCUCAACCUGGAGAUAUAGCUCCCAAACCACAGCCUUCAGAAUUACCCCCUAAACCAGGAGAACUGCCUCCAAAGCCUCAGCUAUCUGACCUUCCCCCUAAACCCCAGCUAGGUGAUCUACCCCCUAAACCUCAGCUGAAAGAUCUCCCGCCCAAACCUCAACUGACAGACAUAUCCCCACCCAAACCUUUAACCGCUGAGGUCCUCCACAAACCUCCUCCUGGUGAAAUGACUCCCAAGCCCCAGCCACCAGAUACUCCAGCAAUCAUCCAACAAGCUGAACUGACUCCUCAACCUGUCCAGUCUAGUGAAGACACCAAUGGAAGCCCAACAUCUGCAGAAGAGACUCCUGUACCGUUGCCCAGGAAAAUAAAUCCGAUAAAGAGUAAAAUGCGGAGGGUGAAGACUAUCUACGAUUGUCAGGCAGAUAAUGAUGAUGAGCUUACUUUUGUUGAGGGUGAGGUCAUUGUAGUAAUGGGGGAAGAAGAUCAGGAGUGGUGGAUCGGGCACAUCGAAGGGCAGCCAGAGAGGAAAGGUGUAUUUCCCAUGUCUUUUGUUCAUAUCCUGUCUGAUUGACAGAACUUUUGGUCCUCUGCCUCCAUCUAUGGGAUGCACUUGACUUGAGAAACACAUUAUCACCUUACCAUCAUCAGAGACAGAGUCUAAAUAAAAUGUCUAACUUUACCGCUGUUACCCAUACCAUUUUUUAGAGCCUACCGCAGUGGCUAGACUGCACCCACUUAAAAGACCAGCACUUUCCCUCCACUAUUACUGAUUCUGUAUCUCUGUAUAUAAGAUUGUACAUAAAUGUGUGUGUGUGUUUCACAUAAGGAUGAGUGUGUGAUUUUGUGCAAAUAUGGAAAAUUGUGUUUGUUUGAAAAGUAAAUGUGUGAACUUGUACUCUACCUGCCAGAAAGUUACGGCUGGGGCCAGUUUUGUUCAAAUAAGUUGAAGGCCAUCAUUGCUAUCAUCUAAAGCAGGGACAGACAGGAGUAGACUUCUCUUCCUUGUGAAUAACUGGACUCAUAAGUUUCUUGAACAUUGGUUUUCAACUGUUUUUGCCAUCACAUUUCCUAAUACACCACUAAAACAUGUCAGAGAGUGAAAUGUUAAUGUGUUUGCUGUUCCCUUUUCUUGCUACUCAGUGUAAAAAUUAUUAAACCAUGCAAUGCAUUACCUGUGUCCUUUUCACAGGUUGUUCCUAUAUGAUCCCAUAUCAGUGUGUUUUAUCUAGUCUUAUUGAAGGACAGUGCUCUGUGAUACAGUGGUGUUCCACAAACAUAAAGGUCACCUUAAUCAUCUUGAAUAGUUUGAGGUCUUGGAUACUUGAAAUACUUUUGAAAUAUGGAAGUUGUUUACUUGGUUCAUAGAGGUUAUAUUUUCAAGUGAUAGACAUGUACUGUAUUACAACUGGAACCUUUGCUUUGUCCAUACUGCCAGUAACCCCAUGUUAGAUCUCAAAAGUUUCAUUAGCCUUUCAAAUUCCAGGUGAAGGAUUAUGACUAUAGUUUCCAGGGUGAGAUUUGGUCAGUCUUGCAUUCAUCCAAUCAAAGGUUGGAUCAUGUCAGCAUAGAGAUUCCUUUUGGUAGAUUGGAUCCCCAAAAAUUUAAAGGAGCAUGGUAUGAAGUCUAGUUCAAAAGGAAGCACGAUUGAAGUUUGAAUAAUUAUCCUCAUUGGUCAUUAACCCUAUUUGUUGCAUUUACCCAGUAUUCAGCAUUGAGGUUUUAGGUCAGAUGUGCUACAGGUUUCUUUUUGGCUGCAUAUUCUGAGGACAGUGUCCACUGUCUGAACAUGUUCCUUAUUUACCAUUCCAUUAUCAAUAAAAUGAUUAUGUUAAGA